UCGGCCCGCAACCGCAAGCAAAUUCGCAUCGGCAUCGCAGUGAGGGGAACGGAGGGAGGCCCUAACCCUAACCCUAUCCAUCGCCAUCGCCAUCGCCAUGGCCGCCGGCGGAGAACCCUCCCCGUCGCCGCCCUCACCCGCCAAGCACUCUCGCUCGCCCGACGACGCCGCCCAGCCCGACGCCUCCCCGAAGCGCCGCAAGCGCCACCACCACCGUCGCCACCACCACCACCGACGCCAGCGUCACGACGACUCUCCGCUAGCUGUGGCGCCCGACGACGACGUAGAGGAGGGGGAGAUACUCGAUGACGCCGCCGCCGCCGAUUCCGCAGCCCCACAGGAUUCCCUUGUUCCGGAGCGCUUGGACAAUGGUGCUGAUACACAUUCAAAUGCAGAUGCAAUGAUGCCGCAAGCUUCUGCUCUGCCUACCCUCCCUCCAUCCUCAAAAGAUGGAAGGAAGUCACUUAGCGGUGCCCCUGAGUCUGAAAGCGGGGGUAUCCUAUCAAGUGACGCUGAUGAAAACAAAGGGUAUGAGCAGAGCCAAAGCCUUUCAAAAUCUACAAGGGAGAAGGAAAGGAGGCACAUAGAUGAGCGUCACUCGUUGUCUUAUAAAGAUUAUCAUUCCAAAAAUCACUCCAGAACAUCUCCUUACCCAAGGCAUCACAGUGAAGCUCGUUCAAGAGAUCACUCGAGGUCUACAGAGAAAAGUGAUGGCGCUAAUGGUCCUCGUGCAAGUCUUAGGGAUGGUUUUGAUCAUGACAGCAAUGAUCGGAAUGGCAAGUCUGGCAGACAUGCUACUAGUAGGCAGGAGAAUGAAAGAGAGAGGAGCAGUAGCCGUGUUGUUCAUGAUAGACCUGGUGACAGGCACGGCAGUCGGGAAAGGUAUAGGGAUGAUAGGAUAGAUGGAGACAAAUUUGAUUCACUUGAAGCUACUCGUAGGCUCAGAGAAAGAAGCAGGAGUCGUAGUAGAUCAGAUCUAAGGGAAAGUGCUCGUGUUCGUGAUCAAAGCCGGGAGAGGGAAAGACGGAGUGGUAGUUCAAGGCAUAAAGAUCAUGAGAGGAAUAGGGAUACAAGUAAAGAUCGGCAUAGAGAAUCUGACAGGGUUGACAGUGUACGUGAAAGGGAGAAAUAUGAUAGGGACAGGGAAUGGCAUAGGGUUAAGGGAAGUGAAACUCGUAGAACCAGAGAAGCACGGGACAAAGUUAGUGACAGUGACAGGCACAGGGAUUCAACACACUCAAAAUACAGCACGUCCGAUGGUUACAAAGAGAGGGCUAGAUCCAGGGAGAAAUAUAGAGAUGCCGACCAUAAAAGCCGGAGGUCUGAAGAAAUGAAGGAAAAUUCUUUAAACAAGGAGGAAGAUGAAGAGGAGUACCAAGAGAAAAUUGAACAGCAGUUAGCUAUGCAGGAAGAAGAUGACCCUGAAAAAAUUAAGGAGGAAGCAAGGAGGAGGAAAGAAGCCAUUAUGGCGAAGUACAGGCAGCAGCAAUUGCAGAAGCAGCAUAUGGAAUCUAAACCAAGUAGCAAUAAUGAAGAAGUAAAAGCAAUGGAUGGAGAUGAAACUACACAUCUGAAAGAUGAUAAUGAUAGCGGCUCUACGGGCAAUGACGAAGCUGAAAAUAAGCAUGAUUCUUUAGAGGUAUUCGUUGGUGAAGCAGACUUCACUGUGGGGAAGUCUCCUGCUCGGAAUGAUACUUUAGUUAGCACGGGAGCAUUCAGUGACGAGAUGACAAUAGGUGUUUCAGGUCUUGGAGAGGGUUCACCCAAGAGUGAGAGAUCAGCAGACAUGUUCUGUGAUGACAUUUUUGGAGAAUCACCUGCAGGCAUUAGAAAAUCGGGCAAGGAUGAUGGUUUGCAUGUUGAGAGAAAUGCUCUUCAUGACAACUGGGACGAUGCAGAUGGGUACUACACUUAUCGGUUUGGGGAAUUACUGGAUGGCCGUUAUGAAAUCACAGCAGCACAUGGGAAGGGUGUGUUCUCAACAGUUGUGCGGGCAAAAGAUCUUAAAGCUGGUAAAGAUGAUCCUGAAGAAGUUGCUAUCAAAAUUAUCCGGAACAAUGAUACUAUGUACAAGGCUGGCAAGCAAGAGGUUUCGAUACUGGAAAAACUUGCAAGUGCGGACCGUGAGGACAAACGCCACUGCGUGCGGUUUAUUUCUAGUUUCAUGUACCGGAACCAUCUUUGCUUAGUUUUUGAAUCUCUCAAUAUGAAUCUUCGUGAGGUUUUAAAGAAAUUUGGUCGUAAUAUCGGACUUAAACUGACUGCGGUGAGGGCAUAUUCAAAGCAGCUCUUCAUCGCCUUGAAGCACCUGAAGAACUGCAAAGUUUUGCACUGCGAUAUAAAACCGGACAAUAUGCUGGUGAAUGAGGCUAAGAAUGUGCUCAAGCUAUGUGAUUUUGGCAAUGCUAUGCUUGCUGGCAUGAAUGAGGUUACGCCUUAUCUUGUCAGCCGUUUCUAUCGGGCACCUGAGAUCAUUCUUGGGUUACCAUAUGACCAUCCAUUAGACAUAUGGUCAGUUGGCUGCUGUCUAUAUGAGCUUUACACUGGGAAAGUCUUGUUCCCAGGUCCAUCAAACAAUGCCAUGCUUCGGCUUCAUAUGGAAUUAAAGGGCCCAUUCCCUAAGAAGAUGCUGCGAAAGGGUGCCUUUACGAUGCAACACUUUGAUCAAGAUCUUAAUUUCCAUGCUACUGAGGAGGAUCUUGUGACAAAAACGGCUGUGAGGAGGUUAAUUUUGAACAUUAAACCAAAGGACAUUGGUUCUUUGAUUUCAAACUUUCCCGGCGAGGAUCCAAAAAUGCUAUCCAGUUUUAAAGAUCUUCUUGAUAAAAUAUUUAUCUUAGAUCCAGAAAAGAGGAUAACCGUAUCUCAAGCACUUAGCCAUCCUUUUAUCACUGGCAAGUGAAAUAAGAUGCUGAUUCCUGUUGACAUUGAACUUAGCAUCUACCUUGUAAAAUAGAAUUUGGGUUCCUCUUGUCUAAUCAUCCACGUUUCUGUCUUGUGUCCUGGGAGCUACGAGACCGAGUACGUGGAUGAAGCACGGAACUAUGGAAGAGAUGGCUACCUGCAGACCUUGCUGCAUGCACUUAUCAUUUGGAUAUGUUCUGUUGCUUGAUUCUGCCAGGGCCUCUGCUGUGUGCGCAUUUUAUAUGCGUAAGGGCCAACAUAAGAAGGUCCUGGGAUGGAGAUCGCUGACCCACUACUCACUUGACAUGGUAAAUCCUUUGAACUCUGGAUGUCUUCCUUUUGUUUUAUUCUUAAAGAGUUCACCUAAUAGUUGGUAGUGUUUUGGUAUACCAUGGAUGGUUCAUUUUUUCAGUUUUGGCAGCCUUUAUUAUUUUGGAUGUGUUUCUAAUAUUUAGAGUGUUUCAUUGAGUUAUUUCUUUUUUCAUUCAUUUUAUGUUUCAUCAAACAUUAAUCUACUCAAUAAUUUUCUACGGUGUGUGUGCACCAAAAUUAUCCACAAUAAUGGGUUGUGAAAUUCAAGUAUAUACCAAUUACUUCACCGUAAAAGCUCUCCUCUAUCAUGCAAUGGAGUUUGAGUUUCAUCAUUUCUGUAAAAAAAAUAUAGGAGCUGAAAACCACUCAGACUACUAGUUUUAGAACCAAGUGUCCAGGUUGCGCUGCAGGAAGUGGCUUAGUGCCCUUUGGUGCCUUGCCCAUACCACACAGCUCUGUGCUCUGCUUCUGUGGUUUCUUAACCCAGGUUGCUGUCCGAGUUGAGUGGUUUGGUCGCUGAAACUUGUGUAUGGCGCAUCUGCUACAUUCUUUCCCCCUAGGGUGUGUGUGGGGAGGAAAAGAGACUUGAGUUGAAAAAGACAGUUUUAACAGACUUGAGUUGAAAAAGACAGUUUUAUUUGCCACAUGUUAAUCAAGAUAAACACUGGUUGCAUUAGCUUAUUUAGUUAUCCGGAGGCUGAAAGUUUACUACAUGAUUGGUAUUCAAGUUUUCUUGAGUUGGAUUCUUUAUAACUCUUUCCUUGUUAGUCAGAAUUGCUGUCCAUAAGUGGCCAUGUGAAUGACAGUAGUUUCUCAUGUUGGAUCUCUGUAGAUACUUGUGUGGGAUGUAGUAGUUUCGUAGUUAUUUUUUUAUCUGUAGUACUUGCUGGGUAAAUUAGGGAUGACAAUUUUACCCGCGGGCAUGGAUACCGCGGGUUUCCCGACGGGCAAGGGUAUGGGUAUGAAUUUUCACCCGCGGGUAAAAACCCAUACCCUCGCCCGCGGGUAGGACACUGGUAUCCAACCUUACCCGCAGGUACCUAUCGGGCACCCGAAAUACAACUAUUAUUACCUUGUCAUCUCACGUCUUUUAUAAUGUUUAUGUAUUUAUGUAUUAUUCUCAUGUGAUUGUGUUAACUACAAAAACUAAUACGUGAGACUGGAUUUACUUUGAACUAUGAGGACAACAAAAAAUAUUGCAGUGUUUAGUUCUAUUUGCAAUGACUUUGUGUGGGUGGUAGAUUCGAAUUAUACUUGUUUUUAUGAUUAGGAUGAUAUAUUAUUUGUGCUAUCAUGACUAGACCCGAUAGGUACCCUAAACCUGUCGGGUACCCUGUGGGUACGGGCACGGGUACAAAAUCUUACUCGCUAGGUUUCGAGGAUAUGGGUAAGACUUGGGAGUUUCGGGUAUUCUUGCGGGUGGGCAUUUACUCUACUCACACGUUAUCCAACCCGCUGCCAUCCCUAACCGGGUAUGAAAGUACCUAAGAAAUUGCAGCCCAUUGACCUACCCCAUGUCCGUGUGCAGGUCACUAGUUUGUUUGUUAGUCUUUGGCCCAACAGGCCAUUGCACCAUUAUUAAUUGUUUCCUUUUUUGCCUAGUUAUGUCGUUCCUAGUUCAAUCCGAUAUGGCACACUAACUGAUUUGUUCAGUCCCUAGUGGCCAAGCCCCAUGCAAUUGGUUCUUGCAUUAGUUCAAUCCGAUAUGGCACACUAACUGAUUUCGCUCACCUGCUUUUUACACAUAGCCCUUGCGAAGCUGACCAAUUCCUAUUGCAGCUGUACUUUUGGAUGAUUGACUUGUACUCCCUCCAUCCUGAAAUAUAAGGCAUCCAAGGGUUCAAAAUUUGUCCCCAAAUAUAAGGCGUCCUAGGAGUUUUUGGCAAGUACUCAAUCAACUCAAUUAAAAGCUUGCCAAAUAUUUCCCUUGUUAACAGGAAAACUUGCCUUGUAUUACCAUUAGCUAAGGGUAUAUGAGACAUUUGCCCACCUCCUUAAUCUGUCCUAAAAAUCCUAGGAUGCCUUGUAUUUCAGAACGGAGGGAGUACUUGUGUACUAUCUCUUUUAGAUAUUUUUUUUAUUUUUUUCAUCAACAGAACUGCUCUAGUAAAGUGGGUACUUGCAUGUGGUUGCAUAUUUUUCAUCAAAAUUACUUUGCCUUUUCUCCCUAUUUUUCCCUUUUUCUUUCCUGUCCCCUACCGGUUGCUGCUAUUUUACAGUCUCUUGGGCUGGUAAGAUAUCGCGUCGCCUCAUGCCUUGGUGUCGUGGUGGGCGUGGGUUGCCACACCUCGCCUGCCUUGACGCUCUAAGAACAUUGCAUGAUUGUAUGUGCAUGUCUUCCGUUUAGAAUGUGUUUGGUUAAUAAUGUAAGACUGCCAAGGCAUGCAAAACACUUUUGCCAGCUUGUCUGACUACAAAAGCUUAGUAAUAUAAUAUU